CCUUCUCUUUCUGAAAAUUUGAGCCCAAAACCAAAACCAGAAAAACAAAAACAAAAAAACCGUUUCUGAAUUUCACAGCUCUCCUCACAACGUCGACGAGGGAACGAAAACAAAAAAACGCAGGAAAAUCAGAAACACAUACAGAAGCAGAGAGAAACGCAACAAAUUCACAGCUGCAUCACAAUUCACAUGGCAUCACUAGCAACCCAUUUCUCAGCGUUCGUGUUGCUCUUUCCCGUAGGCCUACGUCGCCUACUCUGCUCCUCCUCUCUCUACCUCAAGAACCCAUCUCUCUACCGAUCCAAAAUCUGGUAUUUCUCAGAACCCAAAUGGAAAAACUUUGAUUUGUACACUCUCACCAUAGCCCUCCCCAUUGCUUCCUUCUCCGAAAUUUUUAUCUUUUUGGCCUUUUCGGGCCACCCCACGUAUCGUUUCGCGUUUUUCCAGCAAUCAGCAGCCAUUUUCAUGUUCUGGGCACUCGUCAUUUUGAUCAUCUGCCGUGAAAACAUUGACACUUUGCAUAUCGAUGAAGGGUUCGUCUUCGUUAUCGCAGCCAUUUCGUUCCUGGUCGAGUAUUCGGUGAUCGGCAAGGGAAUUUCGGGUCUUGGUGGAGCUAUGUAUGAUAUAUUAGGUACAUUGACCCUUGUUUGUGCUGUUUGUUCCUUGUAUUUAUCAAUUAGGCCCUGUUCGUUUUGCGCCGAGUUUUUCUUGUCCUCUGGAUUGGUCUUAAAGGGCACUUGGAUUUUGCAACUUGGAUUGUCCUUGUACACUGAUGCAUUUGGAUUAAAAGGGUGCAAGAAAAUGUCAGUUUGGCCAAACCAGGAGAAUGCUGAGUGGAAAUGUGAUCUUGAGGAGGAUGGUUUGAGGGGUGUUUCUUUGAUGACGCUGCUGUUCAUUGGGCAUGCAAUUGCAGUCUUGCUAUUGAGUUUGAUGUUGUUUGCUUUGGUGGCAAGUAACUGGAAUUUGAGGUGUGGUGAGGCCAGUGGCCCGUUGCUAGCGCAGCUUGAUUCGGGGCAUGUGUUGAUGCCUUCUAGCCUCGACCUCGAUAUGGAAUGAAAUGUAUGUUCUGUUUUUGUUUACUGUCAAUUUUGGUAGAAACUUUCAGAGAUAAUGGAGAUUUUACUCAUUUGUUCAUUCUUCAGGUCGCUAGUGUUUACUUUUUUAUUUUUUUUUUAUUUUUUAUAAAAUUUAUGGC